UCUUUGGCAAUUAAUUAUUUAAUUUUAUUUUACUGUUAUUGAAAUUAUGAUUGGAGAAAUGUGACAUUUUUACUACGAUUUGAAAAUAUGGAACACUUAAUAUCUUGCAAUAAUGGUUUGUCUGCCUUUAAUUACACAAAGUGUGAGGUGUAAAAGAAUUAGUAUUGCAUUGACAAUAUGGUUGCAAAUCUGUAGAAUUGCGAGUUGGUUCUUACUUACAUUGGGUGCCAGCCAUAGCCUACAUACUUAUAGACCAAGGAUUAGGUCCUAUAUUUUAGAUUUUUAUGCAAAACGGGAUUAUGUAAAAAGACUUAUAUAUGUUAGUGACGAGACUUGUAUUGAACAAGUUAGGAUGAAUAGAUUUUCCUUUUUUAACUAUGUGAGAUGUUACAAACAUUAGAGGGAUUGAAGUCGUCAAGGAACAUGCUUGUUGAUGAGCAAGUGGCAAUGUUUUUACAUAUCAUUUCUCAUCACCUUAAAAAUCGAGUUAUCAAGCAUCACUUUAAUAGGUCUGGGGAAACUGUUAGCAGAUCAUUUUAUAGUAUUUUAAAUGAUGUCAUAUGCUUACAAGAUGUGUUAUUUAAAAAGGCGGAGCCAAUUACAGCUAAUUCUUCAGACACAAGGUGGAAAUGGUUUAAGGUGCUCUUGAUGGAACCCACAUCAAGAUUAGGGUUCCAACAGUUGAUAAACCUAGAUAUCGAACGCGAAAAGGUGAUAGCAACAAAUAUGCUAGGUGUUUGUACACCUAAUAUGCAAUUUGUUUAUGUUCUUCCUGCUUGGGAAGUUUCUGUUGCUGAUGGACGGGUUCUUCAAGAUGCCAUUAGUAGGAGACAUGGACUAAAAGUUCCUCAUAGUAAAGUGGAUAGUUAGAGGACUUUGAAUUAUUCAUUAAGAUCAAACUUUUUUUGGGGAAUUAAUCAUUUAAAAUUUUUU